AUGGAGAAAUGGAGUUCUCAGGAAGACUCUGUCUUGAUUGAUCUCUACAGCGUGCGGGGUCUCCAAUGGGUAAUGGUCUCCCGUAUCCUAGGUACCAAGUCUGCUCAUCAGUGUGCUAAAAGAUGGCAGAAUGUCCUACGCCCUGGAAUCAAUGACAGACCGUUCACCGCCCUUGAAAAUGAUGCGGUUCGGCAGAUGUAUCGUGUCCAUGGCCCCAGGUGGACUAGGAUUGCUUCGGCUCUCCCUGAUCGCACUCCAAAGAUGGUGAAAACCAGCCGGGAGGAGAUGCAAGCGGAGGAAGAGCGUAUUAGAGCUCAAAUGUCAAUGGAGAUGUCCUCAGAAGAAAGUAUAGAUAAACAGCCAGAGAAUGAAACACCCAAGUUCACUCCUGAAGAAAUUGAAGAAUUGUGCUCGGAAGCAAAUGAAUACAAGACGAAAGGCAAUGACUUCUUUGGGCGAUCAGAAUAUGAACAAGCUAUAAGCAUGUAUCAAAGGGCAUUAGAUGUCUGUCCCUUGGAAAAGACAAAAGAAAGGGCCACGUAUUGGAAUAACCUUGGAGCAUGUUAUAUGAAAUUAGGCAAAUACAAGGAAGUUGUUGAUGCUUGUACCAAAGCCUUGGCAGAUUGUCCGACGUAUACAAAGGCACUACUUCGACGUGCUCAAGCAAACGAAAAGAUUGGCGGGUUCAGUCCAUUAUCAAGUGCAUUAGAAGACUACAAGACGCUCGAGUCCGACCAAGAGCAUCAGAACAACCUCAUACCACAAUCACGGAAAACCGUGUCUCGUUCGGUUAGAUCACUGGAAUAUCGAGUAGCCGAAGCGCAGGAGAAAGAAAAGGCCGAAAUGUUAGGAAAACUCAAGGAUCUUGGCAAUACAAUCCUUGGAAAUUUCGCUAUGGUAGCCGAACGGACAUCAUUCCUUGAGAAUCAACCAAAUCGAGAAGUAGCUCGGUUGGCUCUCACUUUGAGAGAAACUAGUGAGCAAGCUACGAUGAAUUAUCGAGGGUUUUACGUUUCUGCCAAACGGUCUAUUGUCAAUGAGGUUCUCGAAGCCAUGGCUUCUGGAUUAGACGUGUCAACAUUGUUUAGUGAUAUGUUGAUGGCCGCAUCAACAAAGGAUCUUGUUCAAAAGAAAUUGGUAUACAUGUACAUUUCAACUCAAGCCUCUCAGAAUGCAGAAUUGGCCAUCUUGGCAAUUAAUACUUUCCAGAAAGAUCUCAGAGAUGAUAAUGCUGUUGUACGUGGAUUAGCGCUUCGGACCAUAUGUUCGAUGAGGCUCUCGAACUAUGUGGAAUUUAUGAUUCCACCGUUGACAAAAGGACUAACUGAUCCAAGUGCAUAUGUGCGAAAGAUAGCCGUACUUUCAUGCGUGAAAUUAUACCAUAUUGCUCCAGAGCAUGUCGCAGACGGUGAUCUCAUCGAGUCUCUCUAUAAAUUAUUAAGCGAUGAAGACACCGAAGUGGUUGCCAAUUGUAUCUCUGCAUUAAACGAGAUUUUAAGCUCUCAGGGAGGAAUGGUUAUCAACAAGGGUAUAGCACGCAGCUUGCUUCAUAGAUUAAUUGACUUUAGUGAAUGGCAUCAGUGUUUGGUACUUGAUGCGCUUACAAGAUAUAAGCCAGAUUCGGAUGACGAAUUAUUUGAGAUCCUGAAUACUCUAGACGAUCGUUUACGACAUCAUAACUGCGGAGUUCAGCUUUCUACCGUAAAGUUAUUUCUACAUUGGACAGGGGAUAUGCCAGAGAUACAAGAAGAUAUAUAUAAAAGAAUAAGAGACCCGCUGGUAUCGUUUCUCUCAACAGGAAAUCCAGAGUUGGCCUACGCGUGUCUCGCACAUCUGCAACUGCUCGCUGUACGUGCGCCGAAAAUAUUAAACGCUUACAGCAAACAUUUCUACCGUCGUCUCAAGGAUCCACCGUAUUUGACAUUAAAAAAGCUAAAACUUUUAGAGGCUAUUGCGGAUACUCAAUCUGCAAAAGAGAUCAUUGAUGAAAUCAGAUCAAUCAAUCGUGAUUCAAUUAUUGGAGUCUAUCGUAGUGGGUAUAUUACUGGUGCUGAUGAAGAGAUUACGCUAAAGUCGAUUGAAACAAUUGCCAACAUUGCCGUGAAAGUACAUGACGUGAUGGAUUAUGCAAUAGAAUUAUUACUUAAAAUAAUGGAAACGGAAAUAGAGGAGUUUGUCUCAGGAACCGUGACUGUAUUAACAACGAUUCUUCAAAGUAACAGUACUAUUACUGCUAAGCUUCUCCUUCUGAUUCCACAAGUCUGGCCUUCCAUUUCGCUCUCAACUCCCGCGGGUCCUGCUUUUCUUCAUCUCCUUGCCAAGAAUGCGAGAACCCUCCCGGAAACACCGUACAUAUUAGAAUCUUUGAUUGACACGUUGGAUCAAUAUCCGAACCCAUCUUUCCGUAUUCAAUUACUUGAUACUACCGUCGCUGUGUUUCUCGAACGCCCCGCAGAGUGUCAAAGUAUACUUGGAAGACUGUUUAAAGAGACUAUGAGAGAUGAAGAAUAUAUAAAUGUUCAGGAGAGGGCUACGUUCUUGUAUAGUUUGUUAGAAAGUGAUAUAGAGACGGUAAAAAAGAUCCUAUUGGGUGAUGAUGGAGAGCAUCUUCCAGGAGUAAUAAAAGAGUCUGACGAGAAUAAAGAAGCCCUCUUUACAGAGUUUAAUACGCUCUCCGUACUGUAUGGCAAGAGAUCAACAUACUUUAUUGAUAAGGACCAAAUUCCGCAAAAUAACAAGGACUUUAUCUUUUUUAUGCCCCCUGCUGACUUCAUGUCUGACAAGGAUAAGACUCGAGUGGAUCUCGCUAGCGAAUAUGCAUUAUCAGCAACUACUUUUAUAAAUGCAAAAGAAUUUAAAGCAUCAUGGACAACGUUCAAAGAAAGUCAUUCACUUAGUCUUCCAAUCCCAAAAGCACUAGUAUCAUCGAUAAACCUGGAAACGCUAGAAAAGACUUUUGAACAAUAUUUUAUAUUCACUAUAGCUUCUGGAGUCUCAAACAAUGUACCCCGGUUGUUUGCAUAUGCCACUGAGGUGCUGACAACAACUCUGAUGCUUUGUGAAAUUAAACUCGACCUUGAGGUGUCUAAAGCUAAUCUAGUUGUGAAAUCCAAUGAAAAAGACACUAAAGAAGUCGUCGAAUUUUUUGUCAAAUCCAUGACCGGACAAAAGAUACCGCAAAUUGUUGGAAGUGCUUUGCAGCCAGCAAAUUCAAUUCAACUUGUCCCAGUUGCUGCACCCAAUGGAAGUAGACUCAAUUGA